AUGUUGGACAACAAGCUUGAAAUGUCAAAAACACGGUCGCACACGCAGUGCAAAAAGUCCCUUGAAGCGAAUGCCACCGAUGUCAUCGAGCUGAGAUCACCAGCUGAGAACCAGAUACGAUAUGUCAUGGACCGGGCCACAGAGUCAAAUAUCACUGCUGCGUUGAACGACGCAGUAACUGGCGAUGGCGUUCCAACGAAUCAUGCCACGACCGGGAGUGACAGGCUCUUGCAUGCCAUUGCUGAGACUGAGUUGCUGUACUCCUCUGGCCAAGUAAACGCAAAUGCUCAAAACCAGCAAAACGCUUGGUUGACAGCCAUUGAAGGUAUGGCGCGGAACAUCGAGAUAGGCCUUUUGAAUUUUCUACUCGAAGAGGGUGGAGUCUUUGCCGAGGGUACUGCGUGGGCCAAACAAACUUACAUCAAAGUCCGCUGGGAAUGGUUGACCUUCCUGGCUGUUCAGAUCUGCCUUUCUGUUGUCAUUCUGGUCAUGGUCAUCUGGGAAACCGCUACGGCCGACGUCGACAUCAUCAAAAGCUCAACUCUGCCAGCACUGUUCGCUAUUAACUCUGAAGAGUUAGCGAAUAUUGAGCAUAGAUUCGAGGAGGGAGAACCUUUGGUUGAGAAAGGUCACCAGCAAGUAGUCCCUCGCGGAAUCGGCGGACAACUAUACAAAACGGGGGGCAAAUGGAUACUUCGAUCAAGAUGA